GAUCGUGGAUUUUACCCUCAAAUCCUGUAUGAAGAAAAGUUUUCCUCAAGUGCCUCAUCUGUUUGGAUUUGUUUCAUGCCUUGUCAUCUCAUAAAUGAUAUCGGCAUCGUGUCUGUCUGUCUUUAAAAAAUGGAAAACACUACAGCGAAACAUGUAACCAUCAACAAUCCAGCUGACAUCAGUGUGAUCAUUGCCUACUUUUUGGUGGUUAUUGCAGUAGGAAUUUGGUCUACAUUUAGGACUAAUCGUGGCACAGUAGGUGGCUACUUUCUUGCAGGUCGGACCAUGGUAUGGUGGCCUGUGGGGACUUCUCUUUUUGCGAGCAACAUUGGCAGUGGUCAUUUUGUUGGUCUUGCAGGAACAGCAGCUGCAAGUGGAAUAGCUGUUGGGGGUUUCGAAUGGAAUGCAUUAUUUAUUGUUUUGUUGUUGGGCUGGGUGUUCGUCCCUGUUUAUUUAACUGCAGGGGUGAUUACAAUGCCGCAGUACCUCAAGAAGAGAUUUGGAGGGACUAGAAUUAGCUUGUAUCUUUCUGUCAUUUCACUUUUACUUUACAUCUUCACAAAGAUUUCUGUUGACAUGUUCUCAGGAGCAGUGUUUAUACAGCAGGCUCUUGGCUGGAACAUCUAUCUUGCAGUGAUUGCCCUGCUCUGCAUAACAGCACUCUAUACUGUCACAGGAGGACUGGCUGCGCUGAUGUAUACAGAUACUGUCCAAACCUUUGUUAUCAUUGCUGGAGCUUUCAUCCUCGUGGGAUUCUCCUUCUAUGAAGUUGGAGGAUACGGUGCUUUACUGGAGAAGUAUAGUUUAUCUUUGCCAUCUCAGAGGAGUUUAAACAUCUCUGAACAUUGUUACACUCCACGCGAGGAUGCCUUUCAUUUACUUAGGGAUCCCACGACUGGGGACCUGCCAUGGCCGGGUGUGUUGUUUGGCAUUGCAAUUAUUGGUAGCUGGUACUGGUGUACUGAUCAGGUAAUUGUGCAGCGCUGUUUGGCCGCCCGCAGUCUGACGCAUGUAAAGGCCGGAUGUAUAUUGUGCGGGUACCUGAAACUGCUCCCUAUGUUUCUCAUGGUGUUUCCAGGCAUGAUCAGCAGAGUGCUUUACCCUGAUGAAGUAGGUUGUGUGGAGCCAAGCAUCUGUAAGGAGGUGUGUGGCACAGCAGUUGGCUGCUCCAACAUUGCCUACCCCAAACUAGUGGUUUCUGUAAUGCCGACAGGUCUCAGAGGUUUAAUGCUGGCAGUCAUGUUAGCAGCUCUCAUGAGCUCACUAGCAUCUAUCUUCAACAGCAGUAGUACCUUGUUCACCAUGGACAUUUGGACUCGUAUCCGGCCUCAAGCUAGAGAUAAAGAGCUCAUGAUUGUAGGAAGGAGCGGAACUUUGUGCUUUCUUUUUCCUAAAAAUAUGUUUUCGUACAAAUCAAAUUGCAUUAGCAUUUGUUGGAUCCCAGUUGUCCAGGCAGCCCAGAGCGGUCAGCUGUUUGAUUAUAUUCAAUCUGUGACCAGUUACUUAGCUCCACCUAUUGCAGCUGUCUUUUUCCUUGCCAUUUUUGUGAAGAGGGUCAAUGAGUCAGGAGCCUUCUGGGGCCUGAUAGGAGGAUUGGUAAUGGGUCUGUGUCGUAUGGUACCCGAGUUUGCAUAUGGCUCAGGAAGCUGCCUCUUUCCCUCCGAAUGCCCAAAACUUAUAUGUGGAGUUCAUUACCUUUAUUUUGCAGUGUUGCUCUUCUUCUGCACUGCUAUUCUGGUGCUUUUCAUUAGCAACAACACUCCACCCAUAGAGGACAAACAUCUCCAUCGCCUUGUCUUUACCUUACGCCAUUCUAAAGAAGAAAGGGUCGAUUUGGACUGGGAAGAGGAGGAACGAGGAAGGAAAGCUCGAAGAGAGGCAGAGGAAAAGAAAAAGGUCGUAUCUGAGGAGGAUCAAAUUGAACAUGGUGACCGAUCCAUAACGAUGAAGAUCAUUGGCUGGUUUUGCGGCAUAAAUGAUACUCAGGCUCCAGAGCCCACAGAGGAGGAAGUGAAUGAAGCAUCAAAACAAUUACCUGACAUAAGUGAAGACCCACUGUGGAAGUAUUUAGUCAAUGCUAAUGCCCUAAUAAUGAUGUCUGUGGCUGUUUAUUUUUGGGGUUACUAUGCAUAAAGGCAAAGCACCGAUCAUAGUACAUAAAUCAGUGUUUCCCAUCCAUGGUCUUAGGAUUCUCCCUAAUCAAACACAUCGGUUUCAACUCAUCAGUCUGGAAACUUAUGAAAUGAGUGUUUCA